GUUGUGAACUCAGCGGGACGCUGUUGACCAGUGUCUUGCUGUUUAACAUCCAUCUAUAUUCUCAUACGCCCUCCGUUGUCUCCCAUUUGUCGUCUGACGGCCAGCCUGUGAGGCAAAAAUCACACCAAGAAUGCUGAAAAUGGACAUACACGAUGGAUUUUUGUUUUUCGUCGGUCAAUAUUUGUCUUAGAUCCUCAAUGCAUAAAUCCCAACGGUGGCUGCAAAUAGGAGAAGGAGCUCGUUUUGGUACGAUCGAGAUUUCUGACAGAACAAUGAGACGGCAAGUACUGUUGUUUUUCUCCGUUCUCAAUCUCUGCGUCGUGGCUGGUCAGGUCAGUUAUUCUGUGCCUGAGGAAAUGACAAAAGGCUCUUUAGUUGGUAACAUCGCUCAUGAUUUAGGUUUAGAUGUGAGACGAUUACAUGCGGGGAAAGCUCGAAUUUUCAGAGGAGGCAGCGCAGAAUACAUCGAUCUGAACAAGGAAAAAGGACUCCUCCUUAUCAAAGAGAAAAUAGACCGCGAGGCUCUCUGUGGACAAACAACGCCGUGUGCUUUGCAUUUCCAAAUUGCCUUAGAAAAUCCAAUUGAAAUAUUUCCAAUUAUUGUCGAAAUAACAGAUAUUAAUGACAAUGCGCCGGCAUUCCAAAAAGAGGAGAGAAAAUUUGAAAUCAGCGAGUCUGCAGUGAUCGGUUCUAAAUUCCUGCUGGAGAAAGCAAUUGAUCCGGAUAUCGGACGGAAUGGACUUCAAAGCUACACUCUGAAACCCAGUGAGAAUUUUGUGCUAAAAUUACACAGUCAGUCUGACGGCAGUAAAAAGGUAGAAAUGAUUUUACAAAAAGCUCUUGACAGAGAGAAACAGGAGUAUAUUUCGUUAUUUUUAACAGCUGUAGAUGGAGGAGAACCGCAAAGAUCAGGGACAAUGCAAAUUCAUGUUGCUGUAUUAGACGCUAAUGAUAACGCUCCUGUUUUUACGCAAGCUGUUUAUAAAGCCAGUUUAAAAGAAAACUCGCCAGCAGGCACGCUCAUCACAAAAGUGAGUGCUUCUGACGCAGACAAAAGCGCUAAUGGAGAAGUGACUUACGUCUUGGGAGAUAACAUUAUGAGCAUUUCAAAAUUAUUUCAAAUUACAGAAAAUGGACAUUUUAUUUUAAAUGGGCCUGUAGAUUAUGAAAAGGCUAAAAAUUACGAGAUUGAUGUCGAGGCAGUAGACCAAGGAGGUCUGUCAGACUCCUGCAAAGUGGUCAUUGAGAUAGGUGACAUUAAUGACAAUAGGCCUGUUAUAAAUAUGAUUUCAAAGUCAAAUUCAGUAGGAGAGGAUGUUAUUUUAAACACGGUGAUAGCUGUGAUGAGCGUAAACGAUCCUGAUUCUGAAGACAAUGGCAAGGUUCAAUGCAUCAUUAAUAAAAAUAUUCCAUUUAUAAUUCAAUCCUCCACUGGUAAUUUCUACAGUCUCGUUACAGACAGUGAGUUAGACAGAGAGAGAUCCUCUGAGUAUAAUAUCACAGUGACCUGCUCUGAUGAGGGAGUGCCCUCCCUCUCCAGCAGCGUCACUCUGACCUUACAGAUCUCAGAUGUGAAUGAUAACGCGCCUGUCUUUGAGAAGAGCUCAUAUGAGGCCUACAUUGUAGAAAACAACACACCAGGCCUCUCUAUAUUCACAGUGAAAGCCACAGACGCUGACUGGAACCAGAACGCGCGUGUUUAUUACAUACUGGAGGACUCCUCUGUUAACGGAGUGUCCGUCUCCUCAUAUGUGUCAGUUAGUGCUGAUAGUGGAGUCAUCCACGCACUGCGCUCUUUGGACUACGAGCAGAUCAAGGACUUCCAGUUCCGCGUCAAAGCGCAGGAUGGAGGCUCCCCUCCACUCAGUAGUAACGUGACUGUGAAAAUAGUGAUCCAGGACCAGAACGACAACACCCCUCAGGUUCUGUACCCAGUCCAGACUGGAGGCUCUGUGGUGGCUGAGAUGGUUCCUCGUUCAGCAGAUGUGGGCUAUCUGGUGACUAAAGUGGUGGCUGUUGAUGUGGACUCUGGACAGAAUGCCUGGCUCUCCUAUAAACUGCAGAAAACCACAGACAGGGCGCUGUUUGAAAUGGGUUUACAGAAUGGAGAAAUAAGAACUAUCCGCCAAGUCACUGAUAAAGAUGCUGUCAAACAAAGACUGACUGUGUUUGUGGAGGACAACGGGCAGCCCUCUCGUUCAGCUACAGUCAUUGUUAACGUGGCGGUGGCGGACAGCUACCCUGAAGUGCUGUCGGAGUUCACUGACUUUACGCACGACAAGGAAUACAAUGACAAUCUGACUUUUUACUUAGUGCUGGCUUUGGCUGUAGUUUCCUUUCUUUUCAUCACGUGUUUAGUGGUUAUUAUAUCAGUGAAAAUCUACAGGUGGAGACAGUCUCGCAUCCUGUAUCACUCCAGUCUCCCGGUGAUUCCGUAUUAUCCACCACGUUACUCAGACACUUUGGGGACAGGGACUCUGCCACACGUGUACAACUACGAGGUGUGCAGGACGACUGACUCCAGAAAGAGUGACUGUAGGUUCGGCACAGCUGGUAGUCAGAACGUGCUGAUAAUGGACCCCAGUUCUGCAGGAACCAUGCAGCGGAUACAGAAUGAAAAGAACAUCUUGGAUGAACCAGACUGUCCUCUAGAGGUUAGUAUUUAAAAGUCAUAUUUUCUUUUCUUUUUUUCA